CAAUUAUUAUUACUCUAACAGAUCGACUAAUGGCCAAGCCUAUUUUUUAAUAUUAGUGUUUUUUGCAUGUAUUUUUUACAAUUAUAGUCCUGCUUUUAGGUACUUUUCAAUCAUGGUUGUCAAAGUAUACAUAAGUGGUAUUUCUGGUAACAAAGAGGUAAAAAAAAGGCAACAGCGUGUCUUGAUGAUAUUAGAUUCUAAAAACAUAAAAUAUGAGAUCAUUGACAUAACGGAGCCAGGCAAGGAAGAUGAUAAAGACUUCAUGCAAAACAAUGCCAAAUGCAACGGGGGCACCGUCAGCGACCCCAACCCACGCUCGCCGCUGCCUCCACAACUAUUCAAUGACCAAGAAUAUUGUGGGGAUUAUGACCAAUUUGAUUUGGCAAAUGAAGUUGAUACACUAGAACAGUUCCUGAAAUUGGAGCUUCCUCCUGAGGAGCCACCACAGACUGAAAAGGAAAAUGCAGUGAAUGGUGAUGUUAAUGGUGGUAAGGUCAGCAAAGAGUCGAAAGAGAACUCCCAAGAAAGGGAAACCGUUGUUACUAACGAAGCUGGGGGUAAGGAACCUUCACCUGCUAAAGAAACCACACCUAAAGCAGAGUCUCCUGCAAGGGAUGCGACACCAACUAAAGAAGAAGCAGUUGAAGAGAAGGUAGAACAAAAUGACGGAGAUCACAAUGAAGGGAAAGCGGAGUCACCAGCUAAAGAAACUACGCCAGAAAAAGAAAAGUCACCACAGAGACAAAAAUCCAUUGAUAAAGAACCAACUCCUGUAAGAGAAGAUGAAGAUGACCAAAAUUCCCAUGAAACCGAGGAGGCAGUAAAUGGUGCGGUGAGGUCUCGUGAACAAUCCGAAGAGGUGGAAGCAGAUGAGGAGCAAACAGGUAAAAGUGUAAGGAAAUCUGACGACCCAUCCGUAGCUCUCAUCCAGAGCGAGCAGGCGGCCGUCGAGUAACAGACCUGCGCCAUUACUUUGCUUUUCAGCUCAAAUCAGUAUCCUCUAGCACUAAGCGAGCACUACUCAUUAAACUCAUUUUGUUAUUUAUAUUGCAUUAUUCACUUCUUUGACAUAAUUAGUCAUUGUAUAUAAUACAAAGAAGUAUUUGUUGAGAAUUAAUGUUAUGUGGCGAUGUAUUAUGAAGUGGCCUAUUAUCAAAUUAACAUUAGACUAUUAAUGAAAUUUUAAUGA